AUGGACCAUUCUACACAUCCAAAUUGGCCACUCCAACCGCCCGUUGGCGGGCCUGGCUGUCGACGCGACUCUAUGAGAAGCAGCUAUAGCAUUGUGUCAGAUGUAGAAAUGGCACGUAAUGAGGUAUUCGAUGGUCCCAUCUCCGAGAGUAUUCCAUCCAGUAUCGCAUCUUUCUCUUACCGUCGCAACCGUAACAACUCUACGGCUAGCUUUACCUAUUUCCAUGAAAACGAGUCUUUCACCGAAUGGCCAAACGAAGAUGCCUUGGACAUCGAGAGCGACAACGAUGAAGAAUUUCGAGAUGACGCUUACCCAGCAAGCGUGUCUGUCCGAUCAUCGUUUGCCUCAAAAAGACCAUCUACUUCGAGGCCCUCUAUCGAAGACCCUCUUCUGCCGCAGCGACCCUCAUCGGUUAACUCCUAUAGCUGUGGUCGAAAACCAGACAACAGGCAUAAUCAAAAAGUUUAUAUCGAAUCUGAGGACCUGAUAAUUGUAAUUGCUGGAUUUUCAACAGCGUUGACAGGCCUAGCGCUAUACUAUGCACUGUGUCUGAAGACCCAUGCCCCUUCGGUCCUGCCAAUGGGUGGCAAUAGAGGGAGAUCCGUGGCAUCUCGUGAACUAGUGCCCGGAGAUGUAUUUGAGUUUUCGGACCCAUCUCUAAUUCAAGUUCCCUGCGAUUGUAUUCUACUAUCUGGAGACUGCAUUGUCAAUGAAAGCAUGCUCACAGGUGAAUCGGUUCCGAUAUCGAAGACCCCAUUGACCGAUGACGCGCUCAAUUAUCUUGAUUUGAAUGCAUCAUCUGUCCAUCCUAAUAUCGCAAAGCACUUCCUUUUCAGUGGGACGAGGGUGAUUCGAACAAGACGCCCUCAAAAUGUUGAGGACGACGAAGCGAUUGCUUUGGCGAUUGUUGUGAGAACGGGGUUCCUUACUACAAAAGGUGCUCUUGUUCGUUCAAUGCUUUUCCCCAAACCCUCUGGGUUUAAAUUCUAUCGUGAUUCUUUCCGCUACAUCUCUGUGAUGGGUGCCGUCGCCCUCUUGGGAUUUGUGGCCUCGUUUGUAAACUUCGUUCGACUAGGUCUUUCCUGGCAUCUGAUAAUCGUCAGAGCACUUGAUUUAAUUACGAUUGUUGUUCCACCAGCUUUACCGGCUACCCUGACGAUCGGAAUCAAUUUCGCACUAUCCCGGUUGAAAAACCACAAAAUCUUCUGCAUUAGCCCUCAAAGGGUCAACGUUGGGGGCAAAUUGGAUGUUGUGUGUUUUGAUAAAACUGGCACCCUGACAGAGGAUGGCCUAGAUGUUCUGGGAGUACGAACUGUGAAUCAUGAAAUAAGGUUGACCGAUCUUGUGUCUGAUAUGUCAUCCGUGCCCUCGAGUAUCGAAGGCGGCAAUCUCGACAAUCGUACCAAAAUCUCUUACAUCAUGGCAACAUGCCACUCACUGAAAACCAUUGAUGAUGAACUUCUUGGGGACCCCCUAGACGUAAAGAUGUUUGAGUUUACGGGGUGGUCCUAUCAAGAAGAUGGUGGUCAAGUUUCUGAGCAGCCAGGUUCCAAUUUUGAGGCUGUAAUCCAGGCUAUCGCGAAGCCACCAAACUCUUCGGCUCAGUUCCGUGAUUACGAAGGGGCUCGUUCAAGUGCACCAAUCGAACUUGGCGUUCUGCGUAAUUUUGAGUUUGUUUCGGAGCUUCGUCGUUCAAGUGUGGUUGUAAGGCAAUUUGGAGACGGGGGUGCCAGCGUCUUUGUCAAGGGUGCGCCGGAGAGUGUGAAGGCCAUAUGCCGCCCGGAAACUUUACCCCGUGACUUCGAAGAUCUCCUAAACCAGUACACUCACCAGGGCUACCGCGUCAUAGCCUGCGCAGCUAAAUAUGAACAAAGGCUCAGCUGGAUGAAAGUCCAGAAAUUGAGUCGUGCAGAGGCUGAAAGCAAUCUGGAGUUCAUUGGACUUAUUAUAUUCGAAAACAAAUUAAAGCCGAAGACUUUCGAAACAAUCAGGGAGCUGAGCCAAGCAGGAAUACGGAACAUUAUGUGUACGGGUGAUAACAUCCUUACUGCAGUCAGCGUCGCUCGUGAAUGUGGUUUAAUUAGCGCCGACAAGCCAUGUUUCAUCCCACAUUUUGUGGAGGGUUAUCCGGAUGACCCCAAGAUCUCUCUUCAUUGGGAGAGCGUCGACGAUCCUUGCUUGAAACUUGACCCAAACACUCUAAUGCCGCCCUUAAACUCCGCAGAUAUUGACUUGUCCGUACCUACCAACCUCCGUUAUCUUCAUGAAUACUCCCUUGCUGUCAGUGGGGAUGUUUUCCGGUGGAUCGUGGAUUAUGGUGACGAGACCAUUCUCAAACGGAUGCUUGUACUCGGGGGUGUUUUUGCCAGAAUGUCUCCAGAUGAGAAACACGAGCUUGUCGAAAAACUCCAGUCUCUUGACUAUUGUUGCGGAUUCUGUGGUGACGGAGCGAAUGACUGUGGUGCAUUGAAGGCCGCUGAUGUUGGAAUAUCCUUAUCUGAUGCGGAAGCUUCCGUUGCUGCGCCGUUCACAAGCCGGCAAUUUGACGUCUCGUGUGUUCCAACAGUUAUCAGGGAGGGUCGAGCCGCAUUGGUCACUAGCUUUUGUUGCUUCAAGUACAUGAGUCUGUACUCGGCGAUCCAAUUUGCGUCUGUCAGCUUUCUAUACACCUCAGGUUCAAACCUCGGUGAUUUCCAGUUCUUAUUCAUUGACCUGGCUCUCAUCCUUCCGAUAGCAAUAUUCAUGGGCUGGACCGGCCCUUACCCUGUGCUUUCUCGGAAAAGGCCAACCGCUGAUCUGGUGUCGCGGAAGGUUUUGACACCUCUUCUGGGACAAAUAUUGAUUUGUGUCUUAACGCAGCUUAUAGCCUAUAAAACGGUCCAAUCACAGCCAUGGUUCAAACCUCCCCUGAUAGAUUUGGAGAACAGUAACAUCGAAAAUUCUGAGAAUACUGCGCUGUUUUUGAUCUCCACGUUUCAGUAUACCCUGGCAAGUGUUGUUCUCAGCGUCGGUCCACCGUUCCGGAUGCCGAUGAAAUCCAAUAAGCCCUUCAUGUGCGUCAUAGCUGUGGACUUGAUUGUAUCCUGCUACAUGCUGUUCAAGCCAUCUGAGUGGGUAUCACGAAUAAUGCAGUUGACGUUUUUGUCUGAUCAAUUUGCGCUCUGGUUACUCGUGCUUGCUGUUGGCGCGUUUUCCUUCUCCUGGGUCGCGGAAUGCCUGCUCUUUCCCCGGCUUGCUCGAGCUCUUAGGCGCAUGUACACAUUCCUUCGACCACACCACCAAAAGCAGCGCCGCCAGUACAAAUUAUUGCUGGAAGAAAUACGAAAAUGA